AUGAUCAUCCUGGAUCUACCAAUAAAUCGACAACCGCCACCGAAGAGAGAUUGGCGUCCUUAUAUCAAUUCGUUAAAAGCUCAGGUGGAGGAGUGGGAAGUUCGAGUGGCUCAGCUGAAGGCUAAGGCUGAGGCAGAUGAAACAUACGCUCGAGCGGUCGCACCGGGGGCUCCACUUGAGGCUCAAGAGGAUGCAGCAGAGGCUUUAGCGGAUGCAGCAGAGGCACUAGCGGAUGCAAAGGAGAUUUGGGUGGAUGCAAUGGAGGCUUGGGCAGAUGAUAUGGAGGCUUGGGCAGCUGCAGUGGAGGCUUGGGCCGCCGAAGUGGAUGCUUGGGCCGCCGAAGUGGAUGCUUGGGCGGAUGAAAUGGACGCUUGGGCUAAUGAAUGGGAAGCGGAUCCAGCACCAUGGCUAGGUGGAUGA